AUGGUAAGCCCCCAGCAUAAUUUAGAAUGCGGAAUCAAAGAUUGCGACAGAAAUUGUCAAUUUUACUGCAAUCCCUGCCAUCAGCGGAUGUGUGAACAAUGCAGUGAUGAAUUUCUGGAAAGUCUAGAAUACAAGAACCAUGAGGUGAAUAUAAAAACCAUGAGGUGGUUUUUUUUUUAUAUCAAAAACUACAACGAGAAAUGCGAAAUCCACCCCACUAAAGAUAUAGACAUGCUCUGUGAUGAAUACCAAGUUCUAUUAUGCUCCAUAUGUGCAACACAGGGAAAUCAUAAGGGGCACGAAUUCAUUGAUUUAGAGACAAUUUAUGGAGAUAAGGCACUUUGCUUUGAGAAAAUCUGCAAAGUCCAGGGGUAUUUUCUUCCGACACCUCAAGAUUUACAAAAAGAAAUAAAAGGUGAUGUCACAAAAAUAAAGAUGAUCAUGGACAGCAUAAGAACAGCCAUGAGGGCUGAUGGAGAGUCUCUCAAAAACAUGGUGGACACAGUGGUGUAA